CUUCAAUUUUGUCUUCGAGUUCUCUUUUCGAUUUGAUUGUAAAUUGGACAUUAUUUUACCGUAGUCGACCACUAAAAUUACUUGCUUAUAUAUUGUAAAUAAUAAAUAGAAAUGGAUGAAUCAGUAUUGUUUCCUUCACCGAAUUGGUUUCAAGUAUCUGGCCUAGCAAUUUCGAAAGAUGGUUGGCUCGUCUAUAGCGGGCCGGGAAAAAGUCUUUGUAUUGUAGAACCCCUCAAAAACUAUAACAGUGUCAUUGAUUCAAAGCAGCCGUACUGUGUACAUUUUUGGAAUAGAGCUCAUAAUGACAAAAUUGUAAGUGUUGACCUAUCACCAGAAUGGCCAGAGAAGAGAUGUAUCCUAACAGGUGCUGCUGAUGGAACAGUUAAGCAGUGGGUGAUCACUAAUAUAGCCCAAGAAUUCAAGAUAAAUUCAACACACAGCCAUGAAGUGCAUCAUAAUGAAAAAGAAGAAGUAACUGGUGUUGGGUAUAGCAAUGAACAAUUUGCAAUAACAGUUGGUUCUUUUGGAACUGUUGUUAAAUGGGAUCUGAAAUCAAAUGUAGUUAAAAAUUACCAACACCUGUUGAAAAGUUUCAAGCCAGUAUGUAUGUCCUGUUCAUCACAUCUGCUGCUACAUGUUGCUGUUGGUACUAAGCAAGGGGUUAUAUUUGUCUUGGAUCUGAAUGGUCAGGGAAAAACUAUUUACAAAGUUCGAGGUCAAGAUGAUGAGAUAAUGACUGUAAGUUGGUGCCCACAGUAUGAAGUUGUUAUAAAAAAAUUGUUGAAGGAAUCGGAUAAAAGACCCAGUGUAUCUGAAAGACUACAUAAGAUAAGAAACGAACCAGAACCUGAUGAAAUUGAAGAUUCAAAUCCGAAGAGUAGUGAAAAUUUAGAAGCGUCUGGCAUGGUAAAGAGCCUUCCUGAGGAUAGUUUUGAUGAAUCUGUCACUGUAGAAGAUGAUAUGUUUGACAUUUAUAAAGAUCACGAAGCUGAUGAAUUCGGACACAAAAAAUAUCAACCAGAAGAAAUACGUGUAAAAAUAAAACCAGAUUUGAAACAAGAAGAUUAUUUAGCUGAAUGUUUGAAAUUGAAGGAACAAAUUUUACGAAAUAAAAAUGAAACAGAAGAAUCUAUAGAGUCAUUAGUUGAGGCCCUAGACAAAACUCACGUCAGUAAUGAUGAAUCACAUAAUGAUGUAUUAGAUGAUAAAAACAAAGAUGAUCUAGUACAAGGCAGUGAUCAUGUGCAUAAGCAUCUUUUAGCUACAAUUGGAAAAUUGGGUGGAGUAAGAAUAUGGUCGAAAACCGGCAAGUUGAUAGCAAGUUGUGCAGUGCCACAGAACAAGAACAUGAAAAUAAAAUCACCCAGCUGGCCUUCAUUAUUAUGGUAUAAAUCGAAUAUGCUACUCAUCGGAGACAACAGAAGUCAGUUGCUGGAAUGCAAUCCAUUGGUAAUUGAUUGCAAGAAUAAAUUAGACUGGAAAAUAGUCCACAGUCUACAUAAGCGCGGAUUGUAUUCUUUGACAACGAAUGCUCCAAGAGUUCAAACAGAAGCUGACAAACACAAAAUCUGGUCAGUGUGGUCUACGUCACAGGACAGAAAUAUCAUAGAAUAUUGUGUCGAGAAACGGGAGAAAGUAGCUGUACAUGCCACCUGUGGACGUUUUGUGUAUUGCAUACGGAGUUGUCCCUAUGAUGCGGGCAAAAUAGCAAUAAGCGUUGGAGAUGGUACAGUUCGCAUCUGGGAAACGAAUACACUGGAUCAUGAUGAUACUAAACUUGCUGCUGGCACCAUUACUGCCUACUGGCAGAAUGUUCAAGGAAGAGUUUUGACAUUAGCUUGGCAUCCGACAAAAGAAAAUUGGCUAGCCUUCAGCACCGCCGAGUCCAGAGUGGGGAUCCUGGAUACGAGCGGUCGCGGCGCCCGCGCGCUGGUGCCGGGGCUGGCGGGCGGCGUGUACUCGCUGUGCUGGGGGCUGCGCUCGCACCUGUACGCCUGCGCCUCCGGACAACUCGUCGUGUACGACGCCGCCAGACCGGACCAACCCCCAGUACCAGUAGGAGUGGAGUUUGAAGGGCAAAAGUGGGAAAUUAGUUCAAUUAGCUGGAGUAGUCGCGGCUUCCUGGUGGGCAGUAACUCUGGUGGCGUUGCAGUACUCACUCACGAACUACCUCAUACAGUCACGGCUGCUGUGUUUGCAUUUAGUAAAAUGAUUCAUUCAAUAGAUUGGCAUCCUCAACAAACUUCUAAUUCAAAUGAAGAAUCUCCUUUAAAAGAUAUGAUUGCGGUUUGUUCAUUGGACAAUCAAAACACAAUUAUAAUACUCGAGUAUAGUGAUAAAGGCGAUCACGGACAGCUGACAACAUGGAAAACGUUACGAGGCCACAAGGGAACCGUGUUCGAAGCGUCUUGGAACCCGCAUCAUGACGAUCUGCUGCUGUCCACGUCUUCCGACGCCACAGUGCGGGUGUGGGCGGCGUCUAGUGGCGCCUGCGUGUCUGUGUUCGACGGGCACAUGGCGCAGAGCGCGCUGGGCGCGGCGUGGAGCGCCUACCCGCAGCUCGCCACCAAGGCGCUGUCCGGGGGAGGAGACCACACGCUGAGGCUGUGGGACAUGAACGACUUCCCCGCCGAAGCAUACGACGAAAACAAAUACGAACCUUUAAAGAAAGAUAAAAAUAAGAAAGAGAAAAAGGAAGUAAAAAAAGAAGAUGAGACCGGCGGUAGUGAAGUGGCAACCCUGAAUCUGGCAGCGCAAGAGAAAACGAAGUCGGCGAAAAGGUUUUUACUCCCGAUAUUGUGCAAACAAGCUUUGGGCUGUACGGACGGCUUAAUAAGGAGAAUGUUUGAAAAGUAUGGACUGAAAUCAUCCACGAGUCCGUUCACUAUCGAGAGAGUCCAGGCUAGUUCAGGCGAGAAUAUACAAUGCGACGGAGUAGACAAUGGUCUUAAUAGCGAAAUAAUAGAAGAAAACAAGGGUAAAGACUACGGUGCCGAUUUCAUUAAAAUAUUCGGAACUAUUCAGGAAGUUAACGAGGUCUUAGAUAAGGAACAAACGCGUCAUUUAGAAUUGUCCAAUAUUGAAUCAUGGAUGAUGCUGUCGAUAUUCCGGGGGCACAUCGACGCCACCAUACAAUACGCAAGCCAAAACGAUUUGCUCUGUCCUUAUCUACUUAGUCUGACGCCUUGCGUCUCGCUCAAGUACUGGAAGGAUGCCACACAAUUAUAUUUAGCACAAAUAGAUCGACUGGUAGCGAAGACUGAAGGCCAUAAACUAUAUGAAAAUAAGUACUACGGCGGGCCGGUGUACCGCAAGGCGCUCACGCGGCUGAGCACGCACGACGUGCGGGGCGCCGUCGCGACACUCGCGGAAAACAAACUAUACAAAGAAGCAUACGUCCUUUGUCGUGUCAGGUACAUGGACAGCAUUGCAACACAAAUUCUACACCAAUGGGCAAAUUACUCCAACCUUUGCGGAAAUUUUGAAAUAGCCACAGUUUGUUUUAUUGCUUUAGGAGAUUUAUCCGAAGCAGCCACGGUGCUCGCGAAGUCAAAGAAACAAGAAAACUUGUGUUUAGCAGCGGAAAUAGCUAAGGCAGCCGGUCGGGCCACUCUAGCUGAUCACAUCGAGAAAAAAUCACAAAACACAAUCCCGUCAACUUCAGAUGAAACCGAAGAAAUUUUGAAAGAGCUCCCCACUAAAAUGGAAUUGCUUUUAAAGCAAAACAAUAAUUCAGAAGAUAAGGCAGUGAAUUCGGAACAUGAAGAGCCGGUUGGAAACUUAGUCGAGUAAAAAUACAGGGAUCGACGACUGUUGUGAUUGAUAUUUGUUAAUGUUGUAUUGUGGAAGGAUUUAAAAAAUCCACACUUUUCGUUUUAUGAGUUUUGUGAAGUAUUUUUAACUGUGUACAACGUGCACAAUAGGCUUAAGCGAUCAAUAAUAUCUUGUGCACGAUCUCGAUUACAACUAAAAUAUUGUUGAGGCUUGAAAUGAUGAAAAUAUUCGGGUUAUGCGUGUUACAGUCAAACUUUUUGUUUUUAGUGCGUGAAACUGAAUGCAUGUGGUUUUUUUUUUUCGAAAUAAGAUUGUAAAGUUAUGUUGUAUGUUAAGAGUACAGUUUUUUGUCAUCCAUAAAUAAAAUAAUAAAAUACUAUAUUAAGACUUUAACCUAAUAUCUCAAGGUAGCUGGUGGCAUUUGCAUUCUACUGUUUGUGGGCUUGUUGAGACUCACGUCAGUGCGUUCUUGCAUCAAAUCUGCGUUAGGUAAAUUAAUAUUAGUCCUGUAACUUUAUAAUUCGCGCAGUUGAUUGUUAAUCUCAAUAAAGCUUUAAUAUAACUAUGCGUACUGUGAAUCCUUUUAGGUUUAAAGUCAUCCAUCACUCUCCAUGUAUUGGCAUUUGUUACAUUAUAUUUAUGGUGAUAUUACAAAUA